CCUGUUGCAAGCGACCGCGCACGGCGGAUCUUCAGGAUCAACAAGUCAAGCACAGCUCGCGGCAGCGCUAAAACGUCGACAGGAGUCCGACCUCGUUCGUGUCGUGCAGAACCUGAUGGGUGAGACGGAGGCAGAGAAAAGUCAGCAGGUGAAACUGACUCCGCAGGAAAUCGGGGCGUUUCGCGAGACCAUGUCAAAGCUGGUGAACAAGGAAGUGGCUUUCGGGCGGAUCGAACUGCAAGUGAUGGAUCGCGCGUGGCAG